AUGGCUGUACAGCGAGUUCAGGCUACAAUAGAUGUUAAAUCAGAAAAUUUUCAUCAAAUCUUAGGAGAAUCUAUAGUUGACUCAUCCACCGGAGAUGUGUAUGAAGGAUUAAUUGCUGCUAAUGAACGUUUGAAAUCAGAUAUUUCAAAAAUAUUCACUGAAUUUGUUAAUAAAGCUCGUGCGGAACAAGAAACUAAUGGUGAUCAGAAAAAACGUAAAAUAAAACAUGACGAUGAUGAAAUUGAAGAUGAUAUAGAAGAUGGAGAUGAUGAUGAUGCAGGUUCAUCAGACAAUAACGAAGAAGAUCAAGAAUAA